CAUACACAUACUUAUUUCCUUGAGUUUGUAGGAAGGCAUGGCCGAGAUGAAGUACUCACCGAAGCAGCUAGUUGCAGUACUGUUCUUAGCUCUUGCGUCCACCAUGAUCGUCACUGCCCAGAACACGGUGCAGGAUAUGUUGGACGCGCACAACACGGUGCGCGCCAGCGUCGGUGUGCCACCGGUGGUGUGGGAUGACACGGUGGCGACGUACGCGGAUGCGUUCGCGGAGAAACGCCGUGCCGACUGCCUUUUUGAAUUCUCUCCACUAGGCCGCCCAUACGGAGAGAAUGUCUUCGUGGGAACCGGUUCCGAAUGGAAUUAUGUGGACGCCCUGAACUGGUGGGUAGCGGAGAAGCAGUACUACGACCACGCCACCAACACCUGCUCCGCGCCUCCUGGUAAGUCGUGCGAUGCAUACAAGCAGGUGGUGUGGAGGGACACGACGGCCAUAGGGUGCCAAGGUCUCGUCUGUGAUGGCAACGCUGGCGUGUAUGUCAUAUGCGACUACAGCCCGCCGGGCAACGUGGUGGGGCAGACUCCAUAUUAGACUACGCAUGCAUGUACCCUAGCAGCGUGGUGCAGUAAUAAAUAACUAAGAAACACUGAUAGUGUUUGAUCAGUGUUUGACUGACUAAGAAUUCACAUAAUUCUUAGUCGAAUGAUGGCACCCACGUUUGUGUUUGUGUGGUCCGAAUCCCUCCUCCCUUUCACUCUUGUAUCGUUAUGAGCUUUGAUUGUGUUUGUAUUUUUCUAUAACCUUUGGCUUGGUGUGUACGUGUUCCUAUUUCAACUUGUUAUUGUGAUUGCAUCUCA